UGAAAGUGAAAGUAAAAAAAAGUCCGCAGUUAUCACCGCUCGAUUCAGUCGCGAAGAGGCACAACUGCGGCGUGAGGAGCGUGUAAUGUAAGACAUGGCCUCCAGUGGUAUUCUUUCCUUCAUUUUCACUGCGUUCUGCAUCACUGCAGUGAAGAGUGGUGAUUUUGUAAAGGUGGAGUGCAAAACUAAAAACUUGGGACAUUAUGGUCAACAGUCACUUCUGGAGUGUGUCGUCCAAACGUCAAAAGAUGUACAGGAUCCAGUUAUCCGUGUGGUUGCUUGGAAAAAACUGAGCUCUCCAGGAGAUGAAGAUGGCAAAAUCAUGUUGGCUUAUAGUAAACGUUCAUCACAAACAACCCAAGGCUACAGGUUUGCUGAACCAUCCUGGAACGAGAGGAACAUGAAUGUAUCUCUGCUCAUCACCAACACUGCAGUGACAGACGAAGGACUUUACAGCUGCAUGGUGAUCACAGACAGUGGUGAUCACACCAGCUUCACUACCCUCAAUGUCCAAGCCAAAUACAGUAUCCCAACUAUACUCUUCAGCUCUGAGAAAAUUGUCCCAAAUUCAUUCAGUACCCUGACCUGUGAGUCUGUUGGAGGCUACCCAGAGGGUAAACUUCGCUGGUUUGACAAAGACAAUUAUGACUGGACGGGAAGCGCUGAAAUGGAAGUGAAACAGACAGACGAUGGUUUACUUCAGCUCACAAGCAGGCUCCCUUUGUUCCAAGGAUCCACUUCCCUGAAGUAUACCUGCAUUGUGUUCAAUGCCAGUGGAGUCAAAGAAGAAGAAUCCACAAUUGAAAUACCAGAAGACUCUUUAUCUGAGGGGUCUACAGGCGAAAAGCAAGUUGAGACCUCCAAAAUAGUCGCUCCUUUGGUGGUCAUCGGUUCACUGAUCGUAGGGUUGCUGCUUGUGUUGUUACUCUACAAGAAGCGAGCUCAACAGGCCCGGAGGCAAUCUACUGCACCCCUUAUGGAUGGGCAUCAUGCGGUUCAUACAUCUGAACACGACGUUGAGGCGGGAGAUGAUCAAUCUCAUGAAAACAAAACCCAGUCCUGAAUCAAAACACCUGUCCUGAGGAGGUACCACAUACCAGAGGGAUACACUCUACCUAUUACUGCCAACACUUUCUUGUUUGCUAACUCCACUCUGUCUUUGUAAUUUCCUACUGCAUACAGAUUAUAACCAGGAAUAACCUGUAUUAUUGUGAUUUAGCAGACAAGCUGUAAGAGCUUCAUUCAUACAAGCUCUGUAUAUCAACAAUUAAGUCGUGAGCUUAAGAAACCAUUCUUGUUCAUUUUGAAUCAAGCCAAGAUUAUUUAUAUGGCAGGGGGCCAUCCCAGGCCAAGAGACUUUAAAACACCAAGAUUUUUCACAUGAGUUGGUUGGUUGAGGAAAUGUUUGUAAGUAUGACAUAGCUGUUUGGGUCUAUGCAAAAACUGUAGCCUUUGGCAUCUAAUCAGGAGCAGCAUUUCUUCUCAUUUCUCUGUGUGUGUGUGUGUGUGUGUGUGUGUGUGUGUGUGUGUGUGUGUGUGUGUGUGUGUGUGUGUGUGUGUGUUGCCAUUCAUUUUUAUCUAUUUCACUGAGAAUUGUGCCAAAAUAUUGCAAAGAUUACUCUUACUGUUUGCAAAUCCCAUCAAAAGUGCCAGUGAGCUUGUAGUGUAACAUGAAAUAUAAAUAUAGUGAGGCGAGGAGCUACAUAGGACUGUUUAAUCAAAUUAUUGAUUACACUGGAACUCUCACACUAUUCUUAACUGUCUGGGAAGACUUUGACAUAACAAAUUUCUCAUCCUUUCUCUAACCACUGCUAAUGUCAUGUGAUUACCACCUGUCACUUACCAUUAAUUGUGAUGGAAGCCAAAGGCACUGUUUUAUUCCUUGUUUUUUUUUUGUUUUUUUUUGUUUGUUUUUUUUGUGAAUGAGCCAUAAAACACCUUAUGUAACUUUUAGCAGUACUUAGUACGUUUUGUGAAAUCAACAGAAUCCACAGAAGUGGUAAAUGUUUGGCUUCAUGUUUGGUUUCAAGCUUGUAUAAGAGCUCUUACCAGACGCCCUGUGCUAUAGUACCAAAAUUAUUCAUUCAUCAGAAAGUCAAUUAUUGAUUUUGUGAAGAAAAACUGCAUGAGCGUAACAUUAAAAGAUUUUUAAUUUUAACUUUUAUUCUGGAAAUUUGAAUCAGCACGGACACCUUCUAAAUGUUAAAGAGCCACCUGUAAAUUUUUGUACAUACUGUGUUUUUAAAUCUGUGAAUUUAUACUCCAGAAUUGUGGAAAAAAAGGUUGACACUUAUCUACUGAGUUUGUGAAGAGUCUGUAAUGUGAUUAAAACAUGAAAAAGUGAAUACUGUGAA